AUGAAGCUCCUCUACCCAACAUCUCUACGCCUGGAUCCCUCAAAACUCGAAGGCUUCAGCGUCGAUCUGCAGUCGUACGACGUCAAGACGUCCAUCCCGGAAGAACACACAGAUGCUGAUAUCCUGGUGACCUGGGCCAACUCUUCGGACAACCUCAAGGACGCCAACAAACGUCUGACAAAACUACGAUGGAUCCAGUCUCUGGCAGCAGGUCCGAACGAUGUACUAAACGCUGGCUUCGAUCCCAAGAAAGUUUCCAUCACGACUGGGUCUGGCCUUCACGACAAGACAGUAGCCGAGCAUGCCCUGGGCCUCCUUCUCGUCAGCGCAAGGAAAUUCCAUCUCAUGCGUGAUUAUCAGAACGAUGGCAAAUGGCCAGGUCCUCUCGGCGGACCCCAGCCAGACAAGGAACCAGGUACCUUCAACACGCUCGAGGAUGCCAAUAUCGUGAUCUGGGGCUUUGGAAACAUUGCCAAGAUGUUGGCUCCUUAUCUUACAGCUAUCGGUGCGAACGUAACUGGUGUAGCUCGACAACAGGGUGUCAGGAAUGGGUACGAAGUCUACGGGGAAGACAAGCUGGCUGAGCUGCUGCCUAAGACGGACGCUUUGGUCAUGAUCUUGCCUGGUUCUGAUGCCACGAAGAAUGCACUGAAUGCGGAACGCCUGAAACUGCUACCCAAGCACGCAUGGGUCGUGAACGUGGGCCGCGGCACCUCAAUCGACGAGAAGGCCUUGCACUCUGCCUUGACGAAUGGCGAGAUUGGUGGUGCUGCGCUGGAUGUGUUCGAGACUGAGCCUCUGCCGGAAAGCUCGCCACUUUACAAGCAGAAGAACUGUGUCGUGAGCCCGCAUGCGGCAGGUGGCAGGCCGAGAGGUGCAGAGGCGUUGAUCGCGGAGAACUUGAGAUUGUUUCUUGCGAAGCAGGAGCUGAAGAAUGUCCUUUGA